CUUAGCACGUGUUCAUAAACAAUUUUACAUGAUAGAGGGGGAACAUAAGAACUUAUUGUAGUGAUUUGUAGUUUUGGAUUCUAACCCCUACUUAACUUUGGUAGUUUUGCAGCUCAGGCGCUUGUUUUAACAUGGGGACUGAAACUAAUAAAGACGAGCGUAACACUCCUGAGUAUCUAGCACAGCUACUCAAAGACAAAAAGCAGAUACAGGCUUUUCCCAACGUUUUUGUGCAUUUAGAAAAACUUUUAGACGAAGAAAUCAACAGAGUCAGACUUCAGUUGUUUCAUCACAAAGGCAAUGGCCGCAUCCCUCUUGAACUUCCAGAACCCAUCGGUCCUGUCCAAACCGUGUCGGAAAAGCUGUACGUCCCAGUCAAAGAACACCCAGAGUUUAACUUUGUGGGGAGGAUAUUGGGACCUCGAGGAAUGACAGCAAAAGAACUAGAACAGUACACAGGUUGUAAAAUAAUGGUUCGAGGAAAAGGCUCAAUGCGAGACAAAAAGAAGGAAGAACAGAACAGAGGAAAACCUAACUGGGAGCACCUGAAUGAAGAGCUCCAUGUGUUGAUAACUGUAGAGGACACUCUCAACAGGGCAGAGGUCAAAAUGGCCAAGGCUAUGGAGGAGGUCAAGAAGCUUCUAGUACCAGCUCCCGAUGGCGAGGAUGAUCUUAAGAAACGUCAGCUGAUGGAACUGGCUAUCAUCAACGGAACAUAUAGGGACACAUCUAAACCGGCCACUUCCCAGGCCGGCCCAGGCGGUCAAUCUGCCUCUUCUCAUGCCUUUGGACUACCCUGGAAUGCACAACUUCAAACCAUGCAAAUGUUGGGUCAAUUCGAUGCCAGUGGAAUCGACCAUAAGAGCAUACUCAAGACUUCUUCAGAUCUUGCUCUUGCAGAGGCCCCACGCUUUCUGACAGCAGCUUCACCCCUGACAGCGGGGAUCACCGCAGCCACUCAUCUUCGUUCUCCCACCCCAGCAGGUGCCCCCCUCAUUCUGGCUCCAAGAAUGCCUCAGGUCGCCACUAGCUCAGCAUCCAUGAUGAACCCACCCCCCUUGGUGUCCCCUACAGAUACGGCGGGAACAGGGCUGGUGUACAAUCCUUACGAAUACCCCUACUCCCUACAGCCAACGGCAGCCAUUGUUGAGUACCCCACCUCUUUUGAGCAGACGGCAGCCGGUGCUGUGCCUAAGAUCCGCAGAACCCUGGACAGCGUAAGGACACACCCCUAUACUAGGGUAGCCCUUCCAUAAUUUAGUAGGAAGCUGUGCCUACGAAACUAACUCAAACCCACCAGAACACUUGAAAAAGAACAAAGACCUACAAAAAAAACACUUUGGAUCAGGGGCCUACUGAAGGCAGCAGCGCACGGCACCUAACAUUGUCGUCCAUGAAGUUCUACUCACAAUAAAACAAAGCUGACAUCUUGGUGUGUGGGAAUUAUCCAACAAAAAAAAAUAUUGCUGGAUUUUAUACAAAGGCUGCCUUCCUAGCAAAACUGCAACCACUAACAUGCCUUAUAUUUAUAAAAUUAUAUAUAUAUCUAUAUAUGUUCUGGCAGAAAAUUUUUUUGACUUCAUUUGGAUCAUUGAGAAAGUGUGAGUUGUGUUUAUUUUUUAAAACUAAAGGUCUAAUUUUGAAAAUGGAUCAAAGUGUUUUUGAACACUUAUUUUGUGAAAUUGAGGUUGAAAUGAGGUCAACUGAGAACCGUCCUUGUGCCAAUAAUAAAAAUCAUGUAGAAAAAAACUAAGUGCCUGACAAUUUAUACUCUUCAGAACUAAUGUAGACUAACAUUGUUUAUGUAUCUUUUUUUGUUGUUAAUGAAUGUUCAUUGGUGUGCAACAAGGAAUAUGCUAUGUCAUUUAUUUUUUUCAUUAUUGAAAAUUAACUUUUUUUUUACAUGCCUUUCACAUCAAGAAUUUAGAUGAGAUUAACAGUUUGUAUUAUACAUAUAAAACACUGUCUGUAAAGAAUAAUUUAUACCUCCCAAUCUGUUUUCACAAUUUGUACUAUCAUACAUACUCUUAACUCUCAGUAUAGAACAAAAUUAAGUGUGGCUAGCAUUAAUGACAGGUAUACAAGUACUUAACAAUUUGUGCUGAUGAAGAAUCUUGGAAAUAUAUCUUGCAAGAAAAGGCCCUAGACUUAUCAAUAUUCAUACAUUGAUAUUAUAUUUUAUUGAUAUCUGAGUUUAUAUUAUAUGUUUUGUAAGCAUAAUGUUUUAAGUUUUAAUGAACAAAUGAGCUUAAAAUCAAAUUAUUUUUUUUUUCAAUGAGGCUAUCAUGGUAAGAUACUGAUAAUGCUAUAUAUUUUGUCUGAAGAUGCAUUUCCAAGGUUUCGUUAGUUGAUAUGGUAGAAUUGUAGCACCUUUUUGCAUAUUUAAAAAAUGCUGAGAUUUAAUUUUCUGCACAGUCUUGGGUGAAGGAUCCAUUAUUUUUUUUUUGUUGGUGGAUCUCUCACUCUUCUGUUGCUAAGAGCCUUUAAAGCUUUUGUGCGAGUGAUUUGGUGUCCAUUGCCUUAUUUACUAGUAAGAAUUCUCAGACCAAAUUCUUUCACUUUUUCUGUUAGUGUGUGCGAGUUUUCCCUGUGUUUAACAUAUCAUGUUCAUCGAGAACAGACUUAUUUUGUAAGUAUUACUAUAUUUUUGUGCACUUGUUAUUUUUUGCCAAACAUGGACAGCGUUCAUAUCACCUUUAUAAUUUUGCAUUUUGAAUUAUUUUUGUACCUACAUCACUUGUUAAAUAUCCCCAACACGGAUACUGCGGCCAAUUUUACUUAAAAAUGAUGCGUUCACAAAACACAGGGAAGAAAAAUUAAGAAAUUUUUGUACAAAACUCGAAAACCUCUUUUUGCACUGUACAUAUUUUUGUAGAUACUAAUUGUUGAUGAUUAUAUUAUAAUAGUAGCUAUGCAGCAUUUUCUCAAACUCCCUCUAAAUUGUACGUGGUUUUAGGAGAGCAAUGAAAGGCACUUUUGUAUUCUAAUAUUAACCAUAUUUGUAACAGUGGUUGUGUCAUGUCUGGGUGAUUUGGACAUGUUUGUUUUUUCUUCCAUUAGACAGUAGUAAUUUUCAUGCCAGAAUGCCAGAAAAGGUACUUUAAUCAGUCAUGUAACAACUGAUCAAUCUUUUGGAGAGGCAGGUUCUUUUUUUUCUUUCUUUUUUUUUUACCAAAAUCAUCUUGUUUUGAGUUGCUGUGAAAUUUAGGCCUAACUUUUUGUGCUUUGGAAUUCAAAAGUAGUUAAAAUUUCCCCCCUCCAAGUCACCAAAAAGCAGCAUGUGUAAAGUUUGACGAAAAGCUAUGGGUAGACUGUGUUUAGAAUUUAAUCAUUGAAAAAACUUUUUCAGAUUGAUCCAUAAUUUGUACUUGCACUAUACAAAAAGCAAACUUGAUGUAUUUUCAAUAAUCUUUUUUUUAGUCAUAAUGGGUCAUUUUUAUGCUCAGUGUAAGUCAUUUUAAGCUCUCAGAAGCUCUCAGAAAAUUUUCUUAUCAUAGUAGAUUAAUCAUUUUGGUUGAAUCUCAUGGGAAAUGCAUAGUACAUCUAUCCAGAUUAUUAUUAUUUUUGAAAAUUUCAGUCUCCAAGAAAUUUCAAAUUAUUUUUUUUGGAGUUAAAUGUGAAGGAAGUGAUAAUAGAUAUGCUUAGAAAAAUCAUUUAAAACUUAUUUUGAUGAUUUUGCUGCUUGUUAAGAUCUGAAACACUUGGUUUUGAAAAUGAAGUAAUGUAUAUAGGUUUGUUUAUAACACACUGUUGGCUAUUCAGAUUUUUAUGUUUACCAAUCAUGGUGCAUCAGCAUAAUAUUCUGUUGUUGCAAUCUCGAAGAAGUUUUUUGUUUUUCAUACUCUUCACUUCUUGAUGGUAAAAAUUUCCAUGAAAAAAGAUCAUUUAAAUAUAUUUUUGGAAAGUCUGCAAUAUUUAUUUUACCUCUUGUGAACUCAACAGAAAACUUCUUCCCACCAAAGCAAUAAUUAACAAUGUAUUGUCCAUUACUGCUGCUGUUUAAUAUGGAUAGUUCCGCAUGAUUCGCCUGUAGUUGUUAGAAAUUUUCUCACAAGGUACUUGAUGAAUCUCAAAUUCUUAUCAACUCAUCCCUCAUUUACCCACUAACUCGAGCUUCCCCACCAAAACUGUUAUUGGAAAUACUCCCAUAUAGUGAGAUUGACUACGUGUAUGCUUCGGUAAGUUUUCUUCCUAUAUUCUGUAUAAUCCUUCACUGUUAUAUUGUAUGAUAGAUUCCAAGUCUUUUGCCUAUAGUAUAAACACAUAUAAACGGCGAAUUAACCUAACUGCUACUUAAAUUGCAUUUGUUGUCUUUUUGCAUAUUAUUGUACUAUAUUUUUUUUUCUGUUCACUAGUAAUAAAGGUUUGAAAAAGUAAUCAUCUUUGCAGUUGAUACUAACCACUGGAUAUGAAUCUUUAUUUUAACACUGCAUCGUUUCGUUACUAAAUAUAACCAUUUAUAUACUUUGCUGUUGUGUUUCUGUUACUAUAGUAACAAUGCAUGCAAAGCUCAUUGGUGGAGUAUAGUUCGUCCAAAGAAAUCUGGACCCAAUCAAAAAAAAGGAUUCACGGUGGGUCAAGGGUCAGCAGAUUUAAAAGGACGAGAUAGUAAGCCUGAUUAAACUAAUGCCUAUAUUACAAAUUGAUUUUGGAUACACAUUUUAAAUUCUUUAGUAACAAUAGCAGCAUCUUCUGAACGUGUUAAACACCCAUGUAGACACAAAAAAAUCAACAAAAAACAAAAAAAAAUACAAACUUGUAUUUAGAAUGAAAAAUUGGGUUAACUUUUUAAACCUUUUUUUUUUCAUGUAUUCCAGAAAUAUUACUUCCUUGGCAUGAUUUAACACUAAUUCAUAACUUUACAUAUAUUGACGUUUCUUUGUUAGUUUUUAUGGCUUAAUACUCAACUUCAGUAUUUAAUCUACAUAGUGUUAAUCCUCACGAUAAACUAAACUUUUACUGAAAAGAAUACAUUACACUUUAAACCACGAGUGCCUUAUGGGGUAUAGAUAUGAUACAAAGCAACGUGCCAAAGACUCAAUCUGCUAUCAAUACUACAGCCAACCAACGAACAUUUUCAGGGAGCUUGUAUUUCUGUGAUAAACGAUUGUCGUAUUAAGGUCCCAACGAAAAAAGUAACCCAUUUAUACUGAUCAAUCAUGUUUUAAUUGUUGAUGGAUCAACACGUUCUUGCCGGGAAAACGGCUUAAGUUAUUGAAUAUUCGUAUCAAUUUUUUUUAAUUAAAUUGAGAUCACGUGACUCUGGAAAGCACGUGACCUCAUGCUAUCCAUGACAAAAGUUUUCAGUAUUGCUUUUUAAAUCCACUUUAUUAUAUUUUGUUACUUAUUAUAUAAAUCAUGGUGUCAGUUCAUAGGACAGUGUAGCAUAUCUUUCAUUUGAUUGGCUGUGCCCUUCAUAAUCUUGCGAAUGGAUGGAACGAAAGGUUAAUCAAGUAAAGUUUUUCAUUGGCCGGAUUUAUAAUCAUGUUUCAUUGGUUGAUGACGGUGUACAAUCAUGGAGAGAGGAAUCUCUGUAUAAAUAUGUUUAUAUACAUUUGGUCAUUGAAGUUUGACCUAUUUAUGCCAAUGGACUCGUACAAGGAGUUUUAUUUUGAAAUAUUAAAAUCAUUAUGUAUUCA